AUGGCAGGCUAUCCCCCCAAUUCCACGCUCGGAGUCGCUAUAAUCGGCGCUGGUCCAGCCGGACUCGGAGCAGCCAUUGAGUUUGCAAAGCUGCCCUUUGUCGAUCUGCGGGUUUACGAACGGGCUCAGGAGCUGAGGGAGAUCGGGACUGGAGUCAGUAUUCAACGGAAUACAUGGCGCAUGCUGGAGGCUUUGGCUGUAUAUGGGAACGUCGAUCCGAAGAGCAUCUUUCGUGCGGCGGAUGGUCACUCGACGCAGCACCGAAAUGGCAGAACGGGGGAGUUGCUUGUCUCGCAUGGCCAGAAAGACACCCCUCGGCAGCACUUACAUGCCCGUGCCCUACGUUCGGUACUGCAAAAGGCUCUUCUCCAAGGAGUCGACAAGUCGCGCUUGAGACUGUCCAGCAAGCUGGUGCACAUCGCAGAGAACCCAUCCGGAACGCUGUCGUUGUGUUUUGAAGACGGCCACAGAGACGAAGUCGACCUUCUAGUGGGUGCAGAUGGUGUUCGAUCAGUCGUCCGAGCAUUUGCCUUCCCGGACCAUCACAUCAGCUAUACGGGACAGACGGCCUACCGUGCUCUGGUCACGGCAGAUGAGGUUCUCAGCAUCCCCGGAUUCCCCGACGCUGUGACCUUUUGGCAUGCUCCGGAAAAUUGGGUGUACACUUGCAAUCUGAACAACAAUAUCUACGAGGUUACCGUAAGGACACCUCUGCCGCCGGGCACAAAAACCGUGAGCUGGGGCCAGGCUGCAACGCUGGAAGAGCUGCGGCGACCAUUCAAGGAUUAUUGUCCAGUCGUUCAGGCCGUUCUGGGCAAGGUGCAGGAAGUGACCCGAUUCGACCUGUUCGCAGGGUCACAUCUCCCCAGUGUUGUUUCUCGUGGCUCGGUGGCACUGGUUGGAGAUGCCUCUCAUCCGCGUUCGGGAGCAUUCGGCGCUGGGGCCGGCUUCGCAUUAGAAGACGCAUACGUGCUAACUCAGGCCGUCAAAUGGGCACACGAAAGAAAUCUCCCAGUCGGAGAUGGACUGGAUUUGUUCGACAAAGUCAGGACGCCACACUACAAGCAGAUGUACGCUGUUCUUGCCCGGUUUGCUGCCGCCGACGCUUCAAUCAAAGAGAGCAAGGUCCCAUUCGAUGAAGCCGUUGCUCUCCAUGUAAAGCAUAACUGGACAGAGGAAGACCACUGGCUAUACCACUAUGAUGUCCAGGAAGUAUGGAAAAACGCUUACGAAGCAGAAGACGCCCGUCGUGCUAAACAGGGCAAGGGUAUAAUAUCUCGCCUGUGA